AUGAAUCAUGAGAGUUUAUGUGUAGUGCUGCUUGGUGAUAGUAUCCAAAUUAUUGAUCGAAACAAGUUUUUUUUCUUUUUACAGUUCCGUCGGCAUAAUUCACAAGCUCCAUACGUACAAUGGCGAAUGGCACCUCCGAUGAAGCAGCCUUUAGUACCGGUUCAGAAGAAGCACGGUGUAAUACGUCGAGCAAGUGAACGACGUCCAAUGGCACCAGCACGAGCCUUAGCUGAAUUUGUGCAGUGA